AUGGAUGAACCAAUCCUCCCAAAUAGAAUCUUCGCAUUAGGGCACGAACCAUCCGGUCAACACGUCAAUUCGUACCACAGAAUGAAGCGAACUGAAGCACUGAUUGAAGCCCUCGAUGCUGAAGAGAUCAUGUUCCUCCGUAACUCACCAUUUGGGAAGGUUAUCGCUUUGUACGAAAACCCACCAUUUUCCGGUGCAUUUGGGCUCAACUGUGGAAAACUUCCCACUCCGUCAUUGAAGAGGAAGAAUCCGCUGCGUGAGAAGCCGUAUUGGAACGAACUUUUUGGCUCUCUCAAGUCGUGUACUACGGAGAUGGUUAUUGAGAUGCUGAAGAACAAAACAGUUAAGGAGAAGAAUAAAAGGCUUGCUUGUCUAGCAAUUACUUCUUCCGUGCUCAUGCCCUCGUCUCAUUUCCCCAAGAUCAGUCCGGAACACAUGGAGAUGAUUAGGGAUCUAGACGAAUUUCUGGCAUAUCCGUGGGGACGUGUUUCGUUCCAGUUAUUGAUGUCUGGUUUUGUGGAUGCUAUCCAACUAGUGAUGAUCGCUGCGGUGCCUCAGUUGAAGGAAGAGGUCGUUCAAAACGUACCUGUGGUGAUUGUGGACACCGACAGCGAUAAUGAAACCGCAAGAGAACCUGCUCCACAAAAUCAACCACUUGCUAUGGCUCGCUUUGUUGUCAUCCCGGGACAUGCCAAAGAUCUUGAUUCCAGAUGCCAGGUUCAUGUUAGAUCUAUUCUUGAUGAUCCGGAGGAGGAGUGGUCGGUAGGGAAGGACUUUUCGUGGGACGAUGAGUCCCCUGAUCCUGCUGUCGAUACGUUGGUUCGGCUGAUUGGGGAGUGCUUUGUUUUCCGGAAAGAAAUGUUUAAGGGUGGACUCACGGCUGCUGAUAUUAACCGUUUAAGGGGCAACAAGAACAAGGACAAAGAGGGUAAGGAUAACCAUGAUAGAGAGAGACCCGAAAGAGAAUCCAACCUGGAUCAAGAUCCCGAUGAAGAUCACUCGAAGCUCCCCAGGGGAUCAAGGCUUGCUGAUAUUGUUGCCUCUAAGGUUAGAGAGGAACUUCUUGGCAUGGAGGCCCGUAUCCUGGCUGGUUACGAAAGCCAAGUUGAGUCUGACGUUGGUGGUUUGGGCAUCGACAGGAAGAUAUCUGAAAUCCACAAAGCCGUUUCCUCACUGAAGGGAAUCGAAGGCAGAGUCAACGAGAACUUAUCAAUUGCUGUUAAAGCCAUGCAGGAAAAUGUUUCCGAGUCCAUUAUCAGCUUCCUUAGAAAUUCCUUAGCGACCGAGCCACCUUCGCAUGAGUCUAGUCCUAGUCCAUAUCCUUCAGCUGAUUCACCGCCUCCCCGUAAUGAUGAGACAUCAGCUCAAAAUAGCCCAGGGAAACGAAGUGGGGAGGUCCCGGCUGCUGAGGUCCCUGAUGUGUCAGAUGCCCAACUGGAAUCUCCAGCUCAACGUCCUGGUCCCUCUUCUGUUCCUGAAAUCCCCACAUGCCCCAACGCGGCUGUUCGGAAGGUUCUAGAUGACUUGAACGCCGGCGACAUUACGGGAACUGGUGGGUCUGACGGAUACGAUGCUCAGGAGGCUCUUAACGUGUAUGAUCCGGAGGAAGCGACAGAGGGUCCUUCUGAAGUGCGCACUGAGAAAGAGACUGUUGUAAACGAUAAUACCGGAGCUUCUGAAUCAUCUAUUGGUCCAAUUGAAAUGGAAGGACCAACCCAGCCCGUAACCUUCCCAGAGGUUGAAGACCCAUCAUUCUCUCUUGGUGUAACCCAAGAAGCUACUUGCCAGGAGCCUGACGCCAAAGAAGCUCGUAAGAGCAAGAGGCCGCGUGCUAUACCGGCCGUAUUUCAAGACUUCCAAUGCGACCCCAAAACCGGUGGCCAAUACGCCGUGGACCCGGAAUUUGAUUCUUUGUUUCAGGGGAUGGCACAGGAACUCAACUCCAUAGACUACAAAGUAUCAACGAGGGAGUUUCUUGAUAUUGCCCACCGUACUAACCAAAUGUCUACUAAGGUAAUGGACAUAUUAAUGGCUUUUCUGUCCACUUACCUGAGCUCAUCGUCUUCAACAGUCGCUGUCUUUGACUCCACUCUUCCCGCUGCUCUCAUGAAGAACUACUCUCGUUUUGUGAAGACUGCAGUGAAAGACAGGCACCGGCUCAAGUUUGCAGACCCCGUAAUCAACACUCUGAAGGUAACCAAUGCUGAUAAGAUCUAUUUCCCCUUCAACAUUGACCAGCAACACUGGGUUGGUGUGUGUGUGGACAUCAAGACCGGGGCGGUUCAUGUGCUCGACUGUUGCACUAGUCUUAAGUCUGACUCGCAGAUGAAGAAGGAACUAACCCCGCUGGGUAACAUGUUACCACAUGUCGUUAGUAAUGCCAGAGCUGGUGGUUCGUCGGAGGUCCCUAAACCGUUUGUUGUUAGCAGGGUCAAGAGUAUUCCGCAGAUUUCUUUGCCUACUGAUGCGGCUGUAAUGACGGUUCUUCUGAUCGAAGCACAUGGUUCCUCUGGUGCUGACUCGUGCAAAGCCCUAACUCUCAGGAUUCUCCCAGGCGCAGCCAAGCAAUUGUUGGUCAAAUUCUUCAAAAGCCCCCUUGUUAUCCGGAUCAAUACCAGCUAA